AUGGAAGCACACCUUGAACCCGAUUCCCUUCAAGUAGCGGAUCGUCCUACCGUCGAUACGUCUGAAGCUUCCUCUUUCACCCAUCCGGAUCAAGACCCCAACAUUCCUGUCGCAACACACGAAGCAGAAACCGGCAGCCUAGACCUGCCUGUCAGAGAAACUGAAGACAUGGCGGGUGCACCUUCCUCGAGCAUCGCAGUCCCCGGCUCCAUCCCCAUCAACAAUGGCAGCGGCAGUGGCAGCGGCAAUGGCCAUGGCAGCCAGAGUGGACGGGGUAAAACCAGACGAUCCGCCUCACAUUCACUCUCUCACAGCAUAGCUUCAUCCUUUGCGAAUAGUAUUGCCAGCCGCAAGAGCAGACACGUCGAACCGGGCACUAUCGAAGUCAAUGUUGAUGCCAAUCUAUCUCAGCCCCCGCCCGUUCAGUUGCCACAACAGAAACCUUCGCUCUCGCACAGCCGCCGCGAAUCGUCCAACUCGUUCCGCUCCUUCAUCUCGGACGCCUGGAGCGACGCAAACAAUAGUCAGGGAUACUCGGACUUGGGAGGUGGAGCACAUGUACCCGGCAGCUUUGGCAGCGCCUCCGCGGUUCCACCCUUGUUUUCUCCCCGAGAUUUUACAUUUGCCGCCGGCGAUAACGGCCAGAAUCAAGCUAUCAUUGAAGACUCGGAAACUCCUCGUCUACGUGCCGGGACCGGUAACACGAACGGCAACGCCCCUGUUUCCGAAACUCCUCAACAACAACAACAACAACAACGCCAACUCCCCGAUCCCGCUCUGCAAAAUUCCAUUACUACCCCAACCCAACGCGAAUACCCCUACCACUCUCGCCGCCGAAACUCGUCCUUCUUUGGCUCCGAGUACAGCCAAGCAGACAGCAACAAGCGAAAGAGUAUCUCGUCCAUGUACUCUUUGGCCUCGGCCCGUGGUGUUCCCAGUUCUGAAAACGGCAGCAACAGUGGCGCCACCGGCCCUGCCCGAGUGGUAACCGGCUUCAUGUCUUCCUCCGCGCCCUCCAAAUCGGGAGUCAUCCCGCCCGCCAGCACCGCCCAGGCCGCAGAAGCCAGCGUCUCGACAACCACUGUUACGACCGGCAGCCAAGGUGCACCGGGCACCCACCAGCUGUCGCCACGGGAAUCGCAUGCUCAACAGAUAGGCGAUAUGCUCAAGAAUGGUCAGAGUAGGGGAAACCAUCACCAUACUUCGCAGGCUCACGGCCACGGUGUUCCAGCUCCUGUCAACACUGCUGUUGCUAACGGCGCAACACCUACACCGCGAGCGGUGCCACCCAGGUCCAGGAGCAGAGCGAAGCGCAGAUUCAGUGGUAGUACCGCUGCCAGCGGAGGUCAGAGUCCUAAUGGUGAAAGAGUGGUAUCAGGCCAUGAACAUAGGGUUCCAAAGGAGGAGCACAAGCCUGCCCCGUACGGUGUCAUUGGCGUGUGUGCUUUGGACGUGAAGGCGAGAAGCAAGCCCAGCAGAAACAUCCUGAAUCGACUAAUUCAGAACGGCGAAUUUGAUGUUUGCGUUUUUGGAGACAAAGUUAUUCUUGAUGAAGAGGUCGAAAACUGGCCCAUGUGCGACUAUCUAAUCUCGUUUUAUUCUGACGGCUUCCCCCUUGAAAAGGCCAUCGCUUACGUCAAGGCCCGCAAGCCCUUCUGCGUCAACGAUGUCCCUAUGCAAAAGAUACUCUGGGACCGCCGCCUCUGCCUUCGCCUUUUGGAUCGUAUCGGUGUCCCCACCCCUCAGCGCAUAGAAGUGAACCGGGACGGUGGCCCUCCUCUUUUGACUCCCGACAUCUGCAAGCUCAUCAAGGACGUCAGCGGGGUACCUUUUGAGCCGACUAAUACGGAUCCAGAGCACGCCAAGAAGGUCGCGCCGCGCAAGAUCGAGCUGCUCGAAGACGGCGACGUUCUCUCUGUCGACGGAACGCUGAUCAAGAAGCCGUUUGUCGAAAAGCCCACGAGCGGUGAAGACCAUAAUAUCAUUAUCUACUUCCCUUCGUACGCCGGUGGUGGUGCGAGGAAGCUUUUCCGCAAGAUCGGCAACAAGAGCAGUGAAUAUGUGGAGGACCUCAACGUGCCCAGGUGCAUCACUCAGCCCGAUGAGAGUUUCAUCUACGAAAAGUUUAUGCAGGUUGAUAACGCCGAGGACGUCAAGGCGUACACCGUUGGGCCAACGUACUGCCACGCCGAGACUCGCAAGUCCCCCGUUGUGGAUGGUGUCGUGCGCAGAAAUACGCACGGAAAGGAGGUCCGUUAUGUCACAGCCUUGAGCGACGAGGAAAAGGAUAUUGCGGCCAAAAUCAGCACAGCAUUCGGGCAAUGCGUUUGCGGUUUUGACUUCUUGCGUGCGGGAGGCAAGAGCUAUGUCAUUGACGUGAAUGGCUGGAGCUUCGUCAAAGACAAUGAGGAUUACUACAACCAGUGCGCCAAAAUUCUCAGGGAAAUGUUUCUCAAGGAGAAGCAGCGCAGGGGUGGAAUGACUCCGCCGUGCCCGUCGCCCGCCAUUUCUGAAGUGACGGAUCCUCUUGCGGCUCGCGCAGCCCUCAUGCACAAGGAGAAGGAACUUGCAGCAUUGACAGCAACCCAGCGCAAGGCGAGCUUGGACAAGCAGAGAUCGGAUACCAGGCAACAUGAUGCGCCGCCGCACGUCAAAUCAGAAACCUCGAUUGCCUCUAAGUUGUCAACCAAACAGAGCAGCCCGCGCACCAGCCAAUACGGAGAAAGUGCGCCGCCCACGGCGCCAUCGACGCUACCCACUACUCCUUCGCUCGCUAGUAUCGCCAUUGCCGAACAGGAGCAUGAACAUGAGCAAGAGGAAACGCCGCCACCGCCUCCUCCCAAGCCUAGCUGGAAGCUCAAGGGUGUGGUGUCUGUCAUUCGCCAUGCUGAUCGUACGCCGAAGCAAAAGUAUAAGUUUACGUUCCACACAGAUCCCUUCAUUCAGCUUCUCAAGGGACACCAAGAGGAAGUGCUCCUUAUUGGUGAGCCGGCCCUCGCAAGCGUGCUUGAUGCUGUUGAUGUGGCCCUGAAGGCUGGGAUCGAAGACCCCGUCAAGCUGAGAUCACUCCGCAACGUCCUUGUGAAGAAGGGCGGAUGGGCUGGUACCAAGGUCCAGAUCAAGCCAAUGUUUAGGAAGAAAGACAAGCCCAAGAAGGAAGACAAAGGCAAGGAGAGCGUAAAGGUUGACGAAGAGGUCAAGGAGGAUGCUGCUCCUGGUGAAGGCGACAUAGUCGACAAGGACGGUGAGGCCAAGCCUCGUAGGCCAGCCAAGAGGCACGAUUCCUUGUCAGGCGUCACCAUGUCCAAGUUCACUGCUGCUGAGGAGAGCUUGGUGUUGGAUAAACUUCAGCUCAUUGUGAAGUGGGGCGGUGAGCCGACACACUCCGCCCGCUACCAGGCACAGGAACUCGGUGAGAGCAUGCGUAGUGAUCUUGGCCUCAUGAACCGUGAAGUCCUGGAGGAGGUCCACGUCUUUAGCAGCAGUGAGCGUCGUGUCGUCACUAGCGCCCAGAUCUGGGCGGCUAGCUUCUGCAAGAAGAAGGAAUUGCCUGCGGAUUUUAUCACCAUCCGUAAGGACCUUCUUGACGACUCAAACGCCGCCAAGGACGAGAUGGAUAAGGUGAAGAAGAAGCUGAAGGGUCUUUUGCGGAAGGGAAAUGAGCGGCCGCCCCAGUUCGCCUGGCCUGAAAACAUGCCUGAGCCGUCUGAAGUGCAGACGCGCGUGGUUCAGCUCAUGAACUUCCACCGCAAGGUCAUGCAACACAACUAUGCCAAGCUCUACAGCGGUGCUGUGAAUUCUCUCAACGCGAUCAACAACCCUAGUAUGGAGAAGAUCAGUGAGACUUCCGGCUCGUCGCUGUCAUCACUUGGCUCAUCGCAGGUGAACGCGGUGAACAGCAUCCAAGCCAGAUGGUGCUGCGGUGAGGACGCUGAGCUGUUCAAGGAGCGUUGGGAGAAGCUCUUCAUCGAGUUCUGCGACGGCGAAAAGGUUGACCCUAGCAAGAUUUCGGAACUUUACGAUACCAUGAAGUUCGAUGCCCUACACAAUCGUCAGUUCCUCGAAUGGGUCUUUACUCCACCGAAGACUAUGCUUGAGGAGGACUACGGAAUCCUGGCUCCCCCUAAUGGAGGCAAGGAUGCAAAGUCACCGUCCCCUGUGUCGAGCACCGAUAAUGAAACUCCCAGGCAUUCUGAGAGCGGGACGUCAUUGGCAGAGAAGAUUGAUUCGAAGACUGUCAAGCGUAUCUUCCGCAGGCGGUCGUUCUUGCACGGGUUCAGACCUGGGCCAGGUCCGGAAUCCGAGCUCCCGGAGAGGUACUUCCACCUUCACAGAGGCAAUAGCCAAACCAAGGCCAAGACAGAUGCUCGCUUUGAGCCUUUGCGGGAGCUGUACCAGCUAGCCAAGGUCCUCUUUGACUUCAUUUGCCCGCAAGAGUAUGGUAUUUCGGAUAGCGAAAAGCUUGAAAUUGGACUCUUGACCUCCCUCCCCCUGUUGAAGGAGAUUGUUAAGGACCUCGAAGAAAUGCAGGCUUCAGAUGAAGCCAAGUCCUUCAUCUACUUCACCAAGGAGUCGCACAUCUACACUUUGCUGAACUGCAUUCUGGAGGGCGGCCUCGAGACCAAGAUCAAGCGAGCCACCAUCCCUGAGCUCGACUACCUCUCGCAGAUCUCUUUCGAGCUGUACGAAAUGCCUGCCGACCCGCCAACCGAUGCAGAGGCUACUGCUGCCUUCAACUACAGCAUCAAGAUCACCAUCAGCCCUGGCUGCCACGUCUUUGACCCGCUGGAUGUUCAGCUUGAUAGCAAGCAUUGCAUUGGCUGCGCCCCGCGCAGGAGCUUGACGGCUCAUGCGGACUGGAUGAAGGUUAUUGAGACGUUGAGGGCGAAGUUCCACCAAGUGAAACUGCCCAAGACCUUCUUGGCGGUCAACCUGUCCGAUGCCUUCACUUUCCAAGAGAAGCCACAGGGCGGCGACGAGGCCAUCGAGGCCGAACCCGAACCCGAGGCGACACCUGAGGCGAAGCCAGCGAAGGAGGGAGAGCCAGAAGCGGCUAAGCCUGAUGACGCCGAGGCCAACGUCGCUCUUGAUACCGCCGAUGCUGCGACUGUUGAUGACGCAGCAACGGACGAGCAGUCCGAUGUCCUCGAGAUUAAGAUUCCCGGGGAUAAGCGUGCCCAUGCCGUUGAAGCUGAUGACGAUGGUACCGUUGAAUCCGCCGCAGUAUCAGACACGCUAGAAGAAGCUGGAGUAUCACCGCUGCCAGAAUUGGAAGCGGCACCACCAAUGUCUGCUGUUGCGCCUACCACAACGGAGCAGCAGGAAAAGUCGAAGGAGGAGCCUGAGAAUAAGGCUUAA